AUGCCACCUUCAGCUCUUCAUCUUCUGGCUAUGCUUGAGAUUUCUUAUCCUAUGUUAUUCGAGUUGCAUAACACUUUAACCGGUCAUGUUUCGCACUGCGGGGUUUUAGAGUUCACGGCAGAGGAGGGUUUCAUCUGUUUGCCACAAUGGAUGAUGGAGAACUUGAAACUAGCGGCGGAAGGAAGCGUCGUACUGGUAAAGAGUGUUUAUCUUGUGAAGGGAACGUACAUAAAGUUACAGCCACACACCGCAAGGUUUCUCGAACUCUCAAGCCCUAAAUCUGUUUUAGAGAAUACCCUCAGGAACUUUACUUGUCUAAAUGUUGGUGAUACUAUUAUGAUAAUGCACAACAACACAAAAUAUUACAUUGAUGUUGUUGAAGCAAAACCAUCAUCUGGUAUAAGCAUUGUGGAAACGGACUGCGAAGUAGAUUUUGCACCUCCUCUGGAUUAUCAAGAACGUGAAUUAGAAAGAAUGGUUAAAAGAAUGCGCAUUGCAGAUGAUAAAGAACAGUCCAUUCCUCAACAUCCAACAAAAUUGAAAGAAGAGCAAGAACAGCCAGUGAUGCAAGAGUUCACCCCCAUUCACAGUAAACACGGGAAGCUUGUGUUUGAUUCAAAUGUGGUUGAGCCUCGAGAUGCGUCAAGAAAACUAUUAAAAGAGGAUGGCAAAAAGGAAACCUUAACGAAGGAAGAAGAGAGGUUCAAAUCCUUUACUGGAAGAAGUUUCAAACUCAGUGAUUAG